AUGAUUUACCAAACAAUAAAGUAUAUAUAUGAGUAAUCCAGAUUCCACCAAAAUUUUCAUGGGAAGCCAUCUAUCGAGGAAAGACAUUAAUGUUUGACCACCCCACAUUAGUACACAAAAACCUGUCAUGGAUUAGUAGAUUUUAUGUUUAAAUCAAAUGCCAAAUAUCCAUUAAAACUAAAAUUAUUGAAAGUAAAGAAUUAUGAAGAACAAUACAUUGGAGAGAUAGAUUUGUCAGUUUCAGAUUUUGUCGAUUUUGAAGUUGUGUAAGAAUAUUAAGGAAAAAUGAUAAAGGAAACAUUUGUAUAGAAGGAGAUGUUUAAAGUAUAUAAUGAUUAAUCAGCAUCAAUUGGAUAGGUCAGUUUGAAAAUCAUACAGUUUUGUUCUUCCAGUGUUCCUUCAAAUAAAUCAUCCAAUAUUCCAGGAUCACCAAAGACAUUAGAAUAAAGAAAGAAGCAUUAACAAAUAGAAGAAGGAAAAGUAAAAGGGUUUGAUUGGGGAAGUAGCAAAGAUGAAGAAAUUAUAAUCUAAUUGAUUCUAGAAUGCCAAAAGGAAAUGGCAUCAAAAAUUAACCAAAAUCUUGAAGAAGUCGUAUAGAGAAUCAAAUAGAUGGAGAAUACACUCUGCGGAUUACUAAAAGAAAGUUGUUUUGCUCCAGACAUUAUGGGAAGAAGAAAUGCUUUGGUUAGAAUAAAGAGAAUAAGAGAAUUAUUGGAUAACCAGAUCUCUGGUUUAUUGAAAUAAUCAGAUCCUGCUUAUUUGGAAAUUCUUGUUUAAUUAAGAUCGACUACAAAAUAUGGAAGAAUUAAGAAAACAGAUAUUGAAUCUGCACUCUUCCACUUCGGUUGUGAAGCAGCUAAACUAUUAUUAUUGACAGUUGAUGAUUUCGGAAUGUGUUUAGUAGAUUAUAUGUUGGAUUCUGACUCAUUGCCUGAAUUACUAUAUUUCUUUAAUUAAUUAGGUUUAAAUGAAGAUGUGCAACUAGAAAUGUUUGCAUAAUCAUUAUUUCAAAAUAUUAAAGAGAGACUAAGAAAGAACCAUUACUUGAAAGCUCUAGCUUGUUUUAUUAACGCUUUGAAUAUGUACCCAAAUAUCGGGUUGAUCAUUGCUUAAUAUUGCUACAAAUUCCUGAAAAUUCAUAAAUUUUGUCACCUUUUUCUAUUGGAAUUCAAUAUUCAUGAUUAUUAACAUGUGAUAGUGUUAUCUAAAUUAAGAAAAUUAUGCAAGAAAUUCUUAAAUCCAGAAUUGCCAUUUAUGUAAUCUAUGGAAGAACAAUAUCGGAAAGCCAAAUAAGAAACCUAUUUCAAAAUUCCUAUUCUACCAAAGAAAGUCGAAACAUAAGAGAAAUUUGAUUUAUUAUAAUUGCCAGAAUUAUAAUAGAAUAUAUUCCACGAGAUUGUAAGGAGAAAGAGAUGGAAUUUAUUUGCAAGAUCUUGGAAACAAUUUGAACAAUUUGUUUAUUAACAAGAUCAUUAAGGAAUUUCUCCUAUGAUGAUGUAUUUAGAAAAUGCACCCCUAGAUUAGAUUCUUAAUAUAGAUUCUCUUUAAAAUCAGACCUCAUUAAGUGGUUAAACAUCUUUGCACUAUUUGAUUAUGAAUCCUGAUUUAUCAGUUAAUUCUUUAUAAGCUUGUAUUAAUAAGUUUAAUAUGUUGAAUGACAAGGUUUGGCUUGGAUUUACACCUCUGGCCUUAUUUUUGGAUAGACUAGUGUAUAAAUAGAAGAAGCAUAAAAGUAGAAUUAUUAAAGAAUUGAAAGCUGCUCAAGAGACCAAUACGAAUAAAGGUGUUUAAGUAUUAGAAAUCCUAAGUCAAACUGUAAUUAACAUCAUUAAGCAUUUCAAUUUCAGUAAGUAUUUAUUGUAUUGUCAAAACAUCAAAAAGGAUUACUUCGAUGAAGAUUUCAAAAAAGAAAAACUCAAAAAACCAUUUUAAAAUCAAUAAUAGAAAAAUAAGUAAAUUAUUGAAUGGGAUCAUUUUUAUUAUUAACACACAGUUCCAGCAAUGAUUCUGUGUAAAUUAGAUGAAUCAAUUCAAGAAUUAAUAUGGUAAUAAUUUGAUUGGAUAAAUUGGCUAUGUAGUAAAUAGAAUUAUCCAUAUGAAACAUAUUACAAUCAUACAUUAAUGGUUUCAUUAGCUAAAACGACUCAAACUCAGUAUAUAUAUUAAUAUCUGACCAAAGAUGUCUAAAUUACUUACAAAGAUAACGAUAAUUUUAGUGGGGAUAAAAACAACACUUUUGAUUUCUUACCAAUCUUCUAAUCUAUUUAUUAAAUAGCUGAAAUAACCACAAAACUAAAAGAUGAUAUACAAAAGAAAUAUAAGGGAAUAUAAGAUAUUAAUAAAAAGAAAGAAGAUGAGGAUGACAAUCCUAAGAAAAAAAUAAAAUUGAUGUAUCAAAACCUUGCCUAAUAAAAAUACUAGUAAGUAUUGGAUUAAUUGAUGUCAGAAUAACAAUCUACAGAGGGAAUGCUAUAGAAUAACUUUAAAUAUUAAGGUGUUGUUAAUGAUCUGAUGGUUGCCAAGAGUCUCAACUUUGGAAAACUUUUCAGAAAAGCCUACGAUUCUAAAUUCCAUGACAUGUUGAAUUUCGUGGACAUUUUAUUAAAGGCAUUGAGUCACAAUAAUAUGCCAGCUGCUCAUAUGGCCUUAUUCUUUGCUUAAUUGAGAAUGAACAAGAGCCUAAGAGUUGCUUAAUUAAAGACCAAUCAAUAAUUAUAUUUACAAUCAUUAAAUACUCAUUGGUGUAUUGAAUUAGACUUUGCAUCAUUCUAGGCUAUGAUCAAUGAUAUCAAAGACAUUUGUCAAUAAAAUGAAGUCAACUUUGUGAUUUUGAUCUUAGCAAUGAAUGGGAGAUUCAAUAAAUUAAAAUUGAUCCAUGAUAGAAUGACCAAUCAAAAUUAUAUUAUUUAAGCCUUGCCUAUAGCAGCUCAUUAAAUCAAUACAGUUAGAAAUGCACUCUAUUAUGAAAAUUUAAAUAAGCUAUUGUAGGAAUGUGAUGUUAAGAGACUUUACCCUGAAGACAAUCUAGAUUUCUUUAAACCUCCAAAAGAUAAGGAAAAACCAAAACCAGAUCCAAAGAAACCUUUUGAUAAAGCAAAACCAGUUUUUCAAAAGUGGAUUAUCGUUUAAGGAGCAUUAACUACCCAAUUAUAAUAGAUAUAUAAAUAUGCAGCCAAUAGCUACUAGAGAGUUAAAUCAGAAUUCUCCAUUCUAGCCAAACAAUACUAAUAAUUAUGGUAUUAGGAAUACUCUUAUAAAUUAAGAAGAUUAUUCCCGAGAUAAAAUUUUAGAUCUGUCUUUUAUUCCUCAAAGUAGAAAGAAUCUGAUUUUGUCAAAACGAUAGAGUUAUUAAUUGAAAAAGUACUCUAACUAAAAUUGACCCCUUCUGAUGAUUUCUUCAAUUAUGUUCAUGUUCAUGAUAAGUUUAGUGAAUUGCUAUCCUAAUCUCCCAAUUAGAACAUUUGCAUUGUUUAGGCAUUUAAAUCUAUGAUCAAUCUAUUCAAAUAUGAAUAGUCAAAUGAAGUUUUAUCAAGAUGUAUCAAUUUCUUAAAGAAAUAUUUAAAUUCCAAAAUAUUUAAAGAUUUGAAUGAGCCUGACACAUUUAUUAGAGAAAGUCAAUUAUUAACAAAUUACUUAUCAAAAAGUGAUCCAUCAUCUACUCAAUGUAAAUUUGCAUGCGAGGUCUUAAUUCUGAUGGAUCAAAAUUUUACUACUUAAGAAUUCGAGACCCUUAAUAUCAUUUAAUAACCAUAAUAAUUAGCAAGUCUAUUAUUAAAGUACAAAACCUUAGAAAAGAGAACUUUAGGUUUUAUCUAAAAAUACUUAAAUUCUAGUAAUAACUAAGCUAAAUAAGCCUUGCCUUUUAAUGAAUCAAACAUGAGGUAUAUUGUAGAUUUGGCAAAGCAAGGAAUAAACUUAAUAAAUGAGAAUGCCUUGGAGUUUUUGAUUACAAAAGGGUUGUUCAAUUAUUUAAAGGAUUACUUCUUAAGUUCAUUGAAACCUAAGGGAAUGCUAAAUGAUGAUUAAAAGUAGUUUUAUUUGGGAUUUGCAUUUUCAAGUGGUUCUUAAGAGACAAUUCAAUUAUGUUUAGAAGAUCUGUGUAGCCUAAAGAGUAGUGAACUGAAGUAAUUUAUGCUAGAAGGCAACUUAUUGAGUCGAGCCAUUGCAAAAGGAUCUCAAGAGACCUUAUUAUAUAUUACCAGAAAGAUAAUGAAAUAGUUGACUUUCAGUGGUAAAGAGAUUUUGAAGUUAUUGCUAAUUUAAGAAAACAUUGCUGAGCCAUUUUAAUUAGACAAAUAAAAGAGAUCCCUAUUCACAACAAUAUUCUUAUUGAAUUACGAUAUUUUUUAUAAAGAAUUUUUUGUGGAUUAUCUCUAGAAGAUACUACCUUAGGAUUAUAAAAAUAUUAUGAUAAAGAUAUUAAAUGCUACAGUGUUUGGACUGUAUUUUAAUUAGCUAUCAAUUGUGGAUUCUUUGAUGUAAUAUAGACAGUGUUAUAAUUGA